AUGGAGGAUACGGUUACAACCACACAGGAAAACGAAGAUGACCAGUUUUUGGAGGACUUAGCCGAGAGUAAUACCUUCUGUGAUCAGCCAACUAUAUUUGAGAAGUAUGGAAUUGAGGAAGAUCUUGUUGGCUUAACAAGAGAUGACAUGGUCGGCCAUAGUUUCGAAUCCCUGGAAUUAGCAGAGGAGUUUAUUACUGAGUAUGCCAUGGUUGUAGGAUUUAGCAUUUGUAAAGGACACAUGAGAAGAGGUCGACUUGGGAAUAUACAAGAAAGAGAGUGGCUAUGCUCACGACAAGGGAAAAGAAUGGAAUGCCAUGUGAAAAGGCACGAUAUUACAAGAAAGCCAAAGCCAUUAACUCGAGUUGAUUGCAAGGUUGCUUUUAGAGUAAAUUGGAGAAAGUAUGAUAAUACAUGGAUAUGUAGAGAAUUUAUCACAACGCAUUCGCAUCCACUUGCUGCUGAUGCCCACAAGCAAUUUCUUCGUUCGAAUAGAGUGGUCACACCAGGAUAUGCUGCAAUUGCUACAUCGUUAAGGGAAGCAGGUGUAAGAACUUGCCAUAUAAUGUCAUAUAUGGAUAUUCAAGCAGGUGGAUACGAGAAAAUGCGUUUCACAGUUAGGGACUUGUACAACAUGAUUUCAAAUAUUGAUCAAGUGCAGCUAAGAAAUUCAUAUGCAAGGCGGGCAAUUGGUUACUUGGAGCACAAAGCUGAUGACGACGAACAAGGAAGAUGGCUAGCUCUGGUGAAGGAAUAUGGCUUGCAGAAUACCUGCUAUGCCAAUGACUUGUAUGAAAGACGAAGAAAUUGGGGUGAAACUUUUCUUAGGGGAAAUUUUUUCUAUGGGAUGUCCACUAUGCAGCGCAAUGAGGGGAUGAAUGCUAUAUUAAAGAAAAAAUGGAAUCAUAGCUUAAAGCUAUAUGAGUUUAUAAGAGCAGUUGACUUGUCAAUGUCUUGGAUGCGACAUAGAUUGGUGAAAGAUGAUUAUGACUCUUUAUAUACAAGUCCCCAAUUGGGUAAGACCAAUAUGCCACAAAUUGAAGAGGAAGUCUUGAUAUUGUACACGCGGAACAUGCUCUACAAAGUUAGAAAGGAGAUGCAAAGGGAGGGAAGAUAUUUGGUGGAAGGCAGUUCUGUUACAGAGAAUGGAGUUAUAUUGCACUUAUACAAAUGGCCAGACGCAAAGGUGAGGCGGUCAGUGUUAGUAAGUUCCAACUCAGAAUUCUUUGUGUGCGAAUGUCAAUACUUUCUUUCUUUUGGGAUAACAUGUCGGCAUAUUUUUGCAACUAUGAAGCAUAGGAAGGUGAUGAAAAUGCCAAAGUCGCUUCUACUUACACAGUGGACAAUAAACGAAUAUGAAUAUGAGAAGGUGGACCCGAGUAAUUAUCGUGCUUGUGAGAACAAAUCAACUGUAGUAUGGUCUCGGCUUGGUAGAAUCAUGACAAAGAUGAUCGAGGUUGCGUACUUAGCUGCAAGAACUGAUGAAGCUUAUAAUGAAACAAUGAAAAUGUUACAGAACAUGAAUAUAUGCUUGCAGAAACAUGGCACUGUCAUUAACAGCAAUGCCAUGGAGGAAGAUAAGUUUGAAAGGCAAGAGAGAACAGUCUUAGACCCACAUAUAUCAAAAACUAAGGUUACAGCAAAGGUUCGCGGUUCAAAGGGUCCUAUGAAAUGA